AUGCAAUUACCCGAGGGGAUUCGACAUGUCAAGACUCUGCAAUCUCUCGAGAUUCGUCAAUAUUGGGGAUCGAGUUUGCCGGAAUGGAUUGGAAAUCUCUCUUUGCUCGAAAAGCUUGUAUUAUCUGACUGUGAAAAAUUGGAGCAUUUGCCAAUUGAGAUGUGCAAGCUCACACGCUUGAAGGAAUUGAGAAUCAUUCGUUGUCCCAUUCUGGAAAAGAAUCGCCAUGAGGAAUGGCCACGGCUUGCCCACAUUCCAGUCAUUUUUUGGGAGGAUUAAGUGGAUGAAUCCGACUAUUACCAUAGAAGUGCACAUUUAUCGAAAGAAGAAAGCGUCUCUCCAGUUCGCCACCGACGUCGUGUUCGAGUCGAAAUUGCUGUUGUACAUAACCUUCCUCGUCAUGUUGCGCAUGUGGAACACCUUCUUUGCCUCGUCAUCUUGCUCGUGGAACCUCCUCAAUCCCUCCUUCAUCUCCGUCACGGCUGCCGGAACUCCGAGAUUCACCACCCGGAAGAACCCCAACAUCUCCGACGCGCGUCACAUCCUCUCGAUCGCCUCCUUCCUCUUGGUCGGGUUGCGGUUGAUUUCGCCGAGGUCGAUGAUUGGGACGCCGAGAUUCUCGGAGCCGCUGCUUGAUUCGGAGCUAUCUUCGGAUGUCUCUUGUGGUCGGAUGAAGAAAUUCUAGGGAU